AUGGUGAAUAUGGAGGAGCUCUGUCAACGCCAGAGAAAGGAGCUCAGGGAUUUGGUCAAUACCAUCACUGGGUUAAAGAAACAGGCUACGAAAAAGACGCGAAAAGGUGUGCUUUCGAAAUGCCAGGAGUUGGAAGACAACUUAAAGAGAAAACAUGCGGAGGAAAUGGCUCUACUAAAUGGAGAUGAGCAAGCGGUGACAGAGGUGGAGGUAACGCCGGAAACACUACUUGCCCAAGUAUCACUUGAAGAGAAUGAAAAUAAGGAUAAUGAGGAGCCGCCUUUAUCCAAACCCAAACGGCGAAACAGACAGAAGGAGCGUCUUGCAAUACGCAAAGCCGAAACAGAACGCAUCCGAAACGAGGCAAAGAAUGAGGCCGCAAAUAGUAUAGACUAUAGGCAAAUUGAGAUGGACUCAAUGAACCAACUUUUAAGUCUUCAUGGGUUGUCCUUGUAUGAAAUCAAACCGGACGGCCAUUGUCUUUUCGCAGCAAUUGCAGAUCAGCUUUUGCAGCGACGCGGCAUUACAAAAACAGUCCAGCAGUUGAGGGAUUUGGCUGCAGACUACAUCUUAUCGCACAAGGACGACUUUAUCCCUUACCUUUUCGAUGAAGUCACCAAUACAAUGAGAGAUGUCACAGAUUACUGCCAGGAGUUGAGAGCAACAGCAAUGUGGGGGUCAGACAUGGAGGUGCUAGCUUUGGCAAGAGUGUUUGACUGCUGUAUAAGCAUCUAUAUGGCAGGGGCAUCUACUAUACGGAUCAACGAAGACGCAAAGGACGAGCCAGAGCUCAUGUUGGGCUACUACAAGCACUCAUACGGAUUGGGUGAGCACUACAACUCCUUACGUGAUGCAUCUUCUACACUGUAG